AUGGAACGGUUGGUGAAGCUCCACGAAUUCGAGCGUAUGCGACGGCCUGUUGUGUGCCUGCGGCGGCUGUGCGGGUGUGGAUGCCGUGGGGGCUGUGCCCUGGCCCAGACGCUGAGGAGGAUUGCGCUGGAGACCGGCCUUUUGAUCCGCUUCGAGAAGGUCCUUUCGGGGCAGGAUCUCGACCCGGGGGAUGUUGUGAUGGAUGCUGCGACAUCGUGCAGCGUGAUGGAUGCCGAGGGGUGCCAUCUCGUGUGGGUGAACUACGUGAAGCUGGAGCCGAACGGUUUCCCGAGCACUGCUUCGAGGAGGUCCUGGCUCUGCUUUGGAGAUCUGCUCCGUGGCCGUGUGUCGCUUGAUGACGCCGAGGUCCAGAAGUAUCGAAGAUUCUUCAAGCGCUGCGCGAGUGUCUUCACCGAGAAGUUCGGGGAUGGCGGCGACAUGGGGGCUGUGCUGAAGUAUUUUCUUGGGAGCGAGUGA